AAGAACACCCCAAAUAUUUCUGAGCCAAAAGCUCAAGAGACAUAGCUAGCUGCCGUGUGAGUGUGUGUAUGUAUGUGUUCUUCUUCCUCUCGAUCGUCCUCUAGCUGCUUUUGUCAACCCCUUUUUUGUCAAAUCAUUUUCGUUCUUGAAUCCGUUAGAUGCUGCCUGCCGCGUCGUCGUCCUAGCUGCUUCUUCGAGUGCAACAAGAAACCUGAAGGUUGCAGCUUCCUAAGUAGCCAGUUUAAUUAGCGGGCUAGGGUUAGGGUUUCUCCAUUGUUGCGCUGUGUUGAGAUCUAGGUCGGUCGAGCGAUUGGUAUGGAAGGGUCAGGAGCCGGAGGAGGAGGAGGGUCGAAGAAGAAGGACGAGAGCUUGCCGCCGGGGUUCAGGUUCCACCCGACGGACGAGGAGCUCAUCACGUACUACCUGCGGCAGAAGAUGGCCGACGGCAGCUUCACGGCGAGGGCCAUCGCCGAGGUCGACCUCAACAAGUGCGAACCAUGGGAUCUCCCAGAGAAAGCAAAACUUGGAGAAAAAGAGUGGUAUUUCUUUAGCUUAAAGGACCGAAAGUAUCCGACAGGUGUGCGAACAAAUCGUGCUACUAAUACUGGAUAUUGGAAGACAACGGGAAAGGAUAAGGAAAUCUACACUGGGCAACUACCGGCCACACCAGACUUAGUAGGGAUGAAGAAAACCCUAGUGUUCUACAAAGGAAGAGCUCCGCGAGGCGAGAAAACCAAUUGGGUCAUGCACGAGUAUCGGAUGCACACCAAAUCGCCCCCCAAAUCUAACAAGGAUGAGUGGGUCGUGUGCCGGGUUUUUGCCAAAAGCGCCGGCGUCAAGAAGUACCCGUCCAACAACGCGCACUCCCGGUCCCACCACCCGUACACGCUGGGCAUGGUCCCACCCUUCCCGCCGACCCUGCUCCAGCACGACCCGUUCGCGCGCGCGCACCCGCACCACCACCAGUACAUGGCCCCCGCCGACCUGGCCGAGCUCGCGCGCUUCGCCCGGGGCACGCCGGGGCUGCACCCGCACAUCCAGCCGCACCCCGGGACGGGGUACAUCAACCCCGCCGCCGCCUCCGCAGCGCCGCCGUUCACGCUCUCAGGCGGCCUCAGCCUCAACCUCGGCGCCUCGGCGGCCAUGCCUCCUCCGCUCCACGCGAUGUCGAUGGCGAUGAGCCAGGCGGCGCCGAGCGUUGCCGCCGGUGCUGGCCAGGUGAUGGGAAGUGAGCAUCAGCAGAUGGCACCGGCGCUCGGCGGCGGCUGCGUGAUCGCGCCUGGAUCGGACGGAGUGUUCGGCGCGGAUGCGGCGGCGGGGGUGCGGUACCAGAGCUUGGACGUGGAGCAGCUGGUGGAGAGGUACUGGCCUGCCGGUUAUCAGGUGUAGUAGCAGCAGCAGCAGCUGUGGAGUGGAAGUGUUUGACUGCUUGUAGUGUCAAAGUGCUAAGUAAAAUUAAUGGUCUAUUAUGUAGGACGAAUACAAAUAUUUGAGAUGUCUUAAUUUAGUCCUUUGCUAUAUUAUUAGUUGAAGUUAUUGUCGUUUCUCUCUUUUUUCUCUAUUUAGGUUAGUUUAUUGUCUAGGGUAGAAAUCAGACAUAGGUUGCUUGACCUGAUAAUAUAUGUAUUAAUAAGUGAAUUGUUCAUCUUUUUAUAUUAA